AUGGGUAAUAAUCCGAGCACCCCGAUGGCGUCCUGCCUUGGCGCCAUCUGCCCGACCACCGACUGCGUCGCCUUCCCCAACCGCGCCACCUACCAGACGAACUGGGUCGUGCCGUAUAACCUCGACGUCCCCGUCACCCCGGCCGCCGUCAUUCGGCCCAACUCGACAGCCGAUGUGGCCGCCGCCGUCAAGUGCGCCGUCCAGCACGGCUACCAGGUCCAGGCCAAGUCUGGCGGCCACUCCUACGCCAACUUUGGCCUCGGCGGGGGCGACGGCGGUCUCAUGAUCGACCUCCGCAACCUCCAGCACUUCUCCAUGGACAACUCUACCUGGCAGGCCUCCUUCGGCUCCGGCUUCCUCCUCGGCAAGCUGGACCAGCACCUGCACGCCAACGGCAACCGCGCCAUGGCCCACGGCACCUGUCCCGGCGUCGGCAUCGGCGGCCACGCCACCAUCGGCGGUAUCGGCCCCUCGUCCCGCCUCUGGGGCACCGCGCUCGACCACGUCGUCGAGGUCGAGGUCGUCACCGCCGACGGUGCCGUCCAGCGUGCCUCGCGCACCCAGAACCCGGACCUCUUCUGGGCCAUCCGCGGCGCCGGCGCCAGCUUCGGCAUCGUCACCGAGUUCGUCGUCCGCACCGAGGAGGCCCCCCGCGACGUCGUCGAGUACACCUACAGCGCGCACCUCGGCGCGCAGUCCGACAUGGCGCCCUUGUACAAGCAGUGGCAGGCGCUCGUCGCCGACCCGCAGCUCGACCGCCGCUUCGCCUCGCUCUUCAUCGCCGAGCCGCUCGGUGUCCUCGUCACCGGCACCUUCUACGGCACAAUGGAAGAGUUCCACGCCUCCGGCAUCCCCGACCGCCUGCCCCAGGCGUCCACGGGCGUCAGCGUCACGGUGACGGACUGGCUCGGCAGCCUGGCGCACGUCGCGGAGACCGUCGGCCUGUAUCUGUCCAACUUUUCCGUCAAGUUCGUCAGCCGGUCCCUCGCGCUGCGCCGCGAGGACCUCCUCGGCGACGCCGCCGUCGACGAGCUCUUCAACUACAUGGGCUCCGCCAACGCGGACACCCCGCUGUGGUUCGUCAUCUUCGACAACGAGGGCGGCGCCAUCGCGGACGUGCCGGACGAGGACUCGGCGUACCCGCACCGCGACAAGCUGGUCAUGUACCAGUCGUACUCGGUCGGGCUGGCGGGCGUCUCGGACAAGAUGGUCAAGUUCGUGGACGGCGUGCAGGAGCGCGUGCGGGCGGGCGCGCCCGAGGCCAAGACGACGUACGCGGGCUAUAUUAAUGCGAACCUGGACCGCAGCACGGCGCAGCACUUUUACUGGGGCGACAAGCUGCCGAAGCUGCGCGACCUGAAGAAGCGGUUCGACCCGGGUAAUGUCUUCCGCAACCCGCAGAGCAUCGACCCGGCCGAGUAA